CUUCAAGGCUCCCCCAUGGAGUUCGCCACGCUGGAGGCCCCUGAGGGGUCCCCCUCAUUCCUGGAAGCACCGGCCCUGCCCCCCACUGAGGAGGCUGCCCCCUUCCUGUCCACCCCUGAGGCCCCUGACCCUGGUGCCCUGGCAUCCCUCUUCUCCCGGACACCUGAGUCCUUCCGCCACUCACCAGGCUGCCAGCUGUACCCGGUGCUGGGAGCGCUGCCGUGGGGGGAGGGCUCAGCCUUCACUGGGGGGGGCUGGGCCCCAGGGGGCGACAGCAAGGCCCUCCCUGGCCCUCCCUCACCCCCAGGGCUGGCCCUGAGCCUGGGCCUGGGCGGGGGCUAUGGCAGCCCCCCUGACCUGGCCUACCUGGCACCCCCUGGCCCCGCCUACCCCCCUGCCUUCCGGGGCAGCCUGCCCCUGGCAUCAUGUGAGGCGCGGGAGUGCGUGAACUGCGGGGCCACGGCCACACCACUGUGGCGCCGGGAUGGUACCGGGCACUACCUAUGCAAUGCCUGCGGGCUGUACCACCGUGUCAACGGUGCCAACCGGCCCCUCAUCCGCCCCAAGAAACGUCUGGUGGUGAGCAAGCGAGCAGGGACCCAGUGCAGCAACUGCCAGACCACGACCACAACACUGUGGCGCCGCGACCCCCGCGGGCAGCCCGUCUGCAACGCUUGCGGCCUGUACUACAAGCUCCACAAUGUGAACCGGCCACUGACCAUGCGGAAGGAUGGGAUCCAGACACGGAAUCGCAAGGUCUCAGCCAAGGGCAAGAAGCGCCGCAGUGGAGAGCCAGGUGUCCGGGCCCUGCCUGGCCCUGAGGGCCCUGCCCCGCUGGAGCUACUGACCCAGUCCCCCCUAGGGGCCGAAGACCCUAGUGCUCUCUAUGCUCUGGGGCCUGUGGUCCACCUGCUGCCCUUCUCCCCCACCCCACACCUGCUGGGCCCCACCGCCUACCCCACCCCUGGCCCCUCCCUGGCCUGAGGGUCAGGGAUGUGAUCUGGCCCCAUCCCACAUCCACUAGGUCCAGCCCCCAACCCAGCCCUACCUCUUUGGCCCGAGAGGUGGAGUCACAGCCUGGCCCCAGCACCUCUCCCUAACCUGCCCCCAGGACUGAGUGGUGCAGCUACAUUCUGACUAUGACCCCCACCUGCUGGACCCCACCCACUGACCCUGAGGGGGUAGAGGCCGUGGGUAAAGCCCCACCCCUGGGAUUGAAGGGUUGAGCCAUAUCCUGCCCCAAUGCCACCUGCCGGACCACCCCUAAAGGUACAUUCCCCAGCCUGAGGGGGUGGAGUCACUGUUUUGGCCUGCUCCCUGGCUACACCCCCAGGCUAUUGCCUAGUCCCGCCCCCACCGAGGGGAGGGGCUCUUGAUGGGUGAUACCCUUGGGGGGAAGCAGGUGCCGAGAGUCAGGGGUUUUAGGGGUCAUGGGGUCCCAGGUCUCCCCCCACCCCAGCCCCCCCAAUAAAGAGUCUGUCUCUUUAA